AUGGUGAACGGGACCGCGGCGGUGCUGGAGCCCACAUUCACCGGGUAUGUGGCUACCACGCAGGAUGCACUGAUUUUGUUCGAGGCUUGCUUGACAGGUGUCUUGCACCAUGUUCCCCGUCGGCCUCAUGAUCGCGAACGGAGCCACUUGGUGCGCAGUGGCAGCGUCUUCAUUUACGAGGAGAACUCGUCAGGCAUCAAGCGCUGGACCGACGGUGUCACCUGGUCUCCCAGUCGCAUCCUCGGUAACUUCCUGGUCUAUCGCGAACUCGAGAAACCCUUCCCUCCUGGGGAAAAGAAGCGCGCCAUGAAGAAGGCCAAUCGACGACCGGCCCCCGCCACCAGACCUGGUGAGCCAUACCCGCGACACGACAGCAACGGCUCCGGCUACUCUCCCACAUCGCCAUCAGGACCGUUUGCCGACAACCGAGCACCACACCAGUCGGAGGUCGAGCGGGCAUUGGUGGGGUCGCUGGUGGACUCGUACGGCUUCAAGGACUCUGGCUUGGUCAAGAAGACAAUGAGCGUCACUGUUAUGGGCGUCACGCAUCACCUCGUGUCGUACUACAGCGUCGAGGACGUGAUGCGCGGUGUACUCAACCCUCCGUCCAUGGUCGAGUCGCUGCGCUACAUUCGGCCGCGAGUCGACCUCACCCAAAAACAAAGCUUCCGCGCUCCGAUCGAUGACCUCGAGACUAGCGCUAUGGAGAAUCCCCACGACCCUUCACACGCCGCGCUCUACGGCUACCGGCCCCAGCAGAUGAUGGCCCCGCCCGGCGCCUACGGCAUGCCUAACCCCUCUGCCGACUUCUAUAUGCACGCUGGCCCUUAUGCCGCUACGCACGCCCCACAACAACCCGGCCCUCUCGCGAGCUAUUCGAUGGCUGGUUCGAUGCCCGGCCAGGCCGCGCCAAACCCAUACCUUCCUUCCCCCGCGGCGGCAGCUGCCACCAAUGCCGCCAUACCCAAGGUCGAAGAAUACCACGCAUUCCGCACGGGGCCCUACGGUGGUAGCAUGGACAGCGUCAGUCACAGCGCGCUCUCAUCCAGCAUCCCUGGCAUGAACUCGGCAAUGUCGUCUUCGUUCAGUGACCGCAACCGCUCUGCCUCCGAACACAGUCCGUCUGCCUACCGCAAUUCAUCCAUUUCCUCGCGCAGCGUCGCGACCGACGCGACCUCGCCCAUGGAUCCAUCCACGCCGGGGACCUACUCGCGCAGUAGCUUCAGCCUCUCUAGCCAGUUGGAUGCUAGUAACCACAAUACCCCCAUUGAAACACGUGGUAUUGGCUCACUGGAUCCUAAUGUGCCGCGCCGCGAUUCAAACCCAGUGCACCCAUCAUACUAUGCCCCGGAUCGCAGCCAGUACUACGUGAAUACGGCGACUCCCGUAAAUCACCCACAUUAUGCGACAGGCCAGCCGCUAUCGACAUGGACGACAACCGCGCCUGCACAGCCGCAAAUCUAA